CAGUCCAAAAUAAACUUAAAACUUUCAUACAAUACAAGCUUUGUUUGAAUAUUUUAUUUAUUUCAAUACGAAAACAUUAACAUAGUUUGUCGAAACGGAUAUUGACGCAAAAUGUUCAAUCGAAAUAAAAAGCAAUCUGAACCGAAGAGAAAGCAUGAUUUAUCACAGUUUGGAAUUUUCGAUGUGCCCGAUCUCGAGAAUCCAGAUGACGAUGACAGCGGUGGUGAUAGCGAUUUAGAAGCUGAAUUGGCUGCCAUAACGGCUGGUGACAAGAAAGUUAAACCGAAACCAAAACCAAAAGUAAUACCACAAAGCGAUCUGGAUAAAAUGGUUGCAGAAAGCUUACGUGAUAUAGGUUCGGACGAGGAACUGUCAGGUGAUGAUGAUGAUCCCGAUUUGCUGAAUGAGCUGUCGGAGAUAACGGGCAAUGAAGACAUCGAGCCAGAAACGACACCCACGGAACCUUCUGCACCGAUUCAGCCUGUACCAAUUGAGCCAGCUCCAAAAUUGGACGAACCGAUAUUGCCAACAACAACAGUAAGUACUGUUGAAUUGCUGAAAAGCCGAAUAGAGAUGUAUAAAUUAUCGGAAAAAGUCUCAAAAGAAUCUGGUGACAGUACUAAGGCACGUUCACGAGCUCGUGGUAUCAAAACAUUGGAAUCAAUGUUAAAACAGGCAUUGGCUGGCAAAACAAUAAAUCCGGAUGAUAUACCGCCAGUGGUGUCAAUCAAGGCACCGAAUGCACCAUCUGCGCCAGUUGAUACAAACCAACAGCCAAGCACAGAAGCACAACCAGAAUCAGAACCACAGAAAACGGAAUCUGAUUCACCAAAAACAAUACAAAAUCCACAAUCGUCAACUGUGAAUGAAUCGAAAAUAAAUGCUCUAUUAGAGAGACAAGGUGAAUACAAAAAAGCUGCACUGGCAUCGAAAAGAUCGGGAGACACAGCAAUGGCGCUUCAAUAUGUGAAAAUUAUCAAAAUAUUUGAUACAGUAUUGGUUUCUGCUCGUAAUGGCGAAGAAGUAGAUUUAAGUGACAUGCCUCCGCAUCCAAGUGAACUAUCUCUUGAUCAAUUGAAAGUGGUUGAUGAAGUUCCAACACUUCCACCAGCAAAAGAAGAAAAUACUGUACAGCAGUCAAGCGACGAGAAAAAUGAUAACGAGAAAUCAGAUGAACCGGCUGCUCCAAAGCCAAAAGCAGUUGAAUUGCCACCACCUGAAGCACCCAAAACAAUUCUGGAAGCAUUAACACAACGACUUCAAAAGUAUCAAGCGAAUGAGACAAAUGCAAAGGCCGAAGGAAAUGAUCGCAAAGCAAGACAAAAUGGACGAAUUGCAAAGCAAUACCAAGACGCUAUUCGAGCGCAUAAAGCUGGUAAACCAGUUGAAUUUGAUGAAUUACCAGCACCACCAGGAUAUCCACCGAUACCGGUUAACACUACACAAGCGCCACCAUCAAGACCAGCACCAAAACCACCGGCGCCCGUUCCUUCCGGUGCACCACAAUCGGGCGAACCUAGCACAGAAAAUACGUCAUCAAAACGGUCUCCAAUGAAACGACAAGAUUCAAGAACUAGCGGCAACCAUUCAAACACAAGUGUCAUGAACAAAACGAUUGAAAUCUUGCUGGACCGUCAAAAGGAUUUCAAAGAAGCAGCUCUCGAAGCUAAAAAGGCGGGCGAACUUGAACAAGCUAAGGAACUUUUGAAAACAUUCAAAGGCAUCGAAAACUUAUUGAACGUAGCCAGAGGCGGAUUACCCGUUGACCUGUCAUCGCUACCGAUUUCACCAAAACAACGGGAAAAACUUAAUGAUACAUUUGAAAUGUUGAGUGACACUGAAGAAAAUGCAGCGAUAUCAGAUGACUUGAAGAGCGUGUACGAACAUUUGGAAAAACAGUUGACGAAACAAUUUGACAAAUGCAAAGCUUGGAGCGUUCAUCAUCGGAAUCUGGGUGAUGUGGCUGGAACAAAUCGAUUUGAGAAUUUAGCAGUAACUGUCCAACAUGAUUUGGAUAUUGUAAAAUUGGCACAUCGAAAAGGUGGCAGAGUACCGAAAUUUCGCUUCGAACAAAAAAGUUUCAACAUCGUCAAAUGCAAUACAGAUUUGGCCGAAACCGAACUUGAAAUCCAAGUGGUGCGAGGCAUUAGCUACAACGUAUCGAGACCAAAAGAUGUUGAUACUUAUGUAAAAGUGGAAUUUCCAUAUCCACAGGAAACGCCCUAUCGAAAUAAAACGGCAGUCAUUUAUGACACCGAUAGUCCAGAAUAUAAUGAAAAGUUUGUAGCCGAAAUUCAACCAAAAGUACGACUAUGCCAACGAGUAUUCAAGCGACAUGGCAUCAAGUUUGAAGUCUACAUCAAGGGAUGUUCAUGCUGUUCUGUAAGCCAUCUGUUGCCAUGCACGUGUAACACAAAUCUGUUGUGUUGUUUUAGUGGAUUCCUUCGAUCGGACACUUUGAUUGGAACGGCAAAUGUGAAACUGCAACCAUUGGAAACAUCAUGCGAAAUUCAUGAGUCAUUUGAUUUAAUGGACGGUCGAAAAACUGUGGGCGGAAAGCUGGAAGUAAAAAUUCGAGUCCGAAAUCCAAUAUUAUCGAAACAAGUGGUCAACGAAUCUGAAAAAUGGCUUGUUCUUGAGUGACAAAUUGAUUAACAAAUCAAAACCAUAUGGAUAAACAAAUAAAAAUAUGUGGCGGAAUAGUUGUUAUGUUUGUGAAAAUGUUAUUCUUAAAGAAAACCAUCUUAUUAUUCCAUUUUGAUUAACAUGUCUUUUUUGCAAUUAUUAAAGUAUUGAUAUUGAUAUGAAUUAAAGAAAACGCAAAUUAUCUGUUCAAA